AUGCCUCUCGUGGCUGUUGUCGUUCUCCUGCUCUCUCUCACCGCUAACAUCCUCCUCCCGCUGUCCCUCACGGCCUUUGUGUGCGAGACUCGGGCACUGCCUUCCCACCCUCUCUUGCAGCUGUCAUUGGUGCCUGUCGGUCGGGUGACUGGGGUCACUGUGGUCCUGCUGAUUGCCAUCAUCACCACUGCAAAUUUAACUUUGGAACAAUUGAAAGGUGCCAAGUACUUCACUAAAUUAGAUUUGAAAAGCACCUACAACCUGAUCAGAAUCAAGGAAGAAGAUGAGUUAACAACUACAUCGAAUGAUCCCUGCAACAAGUACACUCCUCUGGAUCAACCCUGGAGAGCUACUAAUACAACCGGACUGAACAUCUGUGACAACUACUUCAACUGGAACGGCUGGUAUCGGCUGCUGUAUUAUGGCAUGAGUGUCCGUAUGCCAGACAGCUAUGUUAAUCAGUCCAGAUGUGCAAAUACUCCAAAAAACACCAUGUCCAACCCCUGCAUAUUCUACCGUAUUCUUAAACAUGACUGGAGAAAAACAGACAGUUUGUACUUCAGUUAUUUUGAUGACACCCUUCUUGAGUGGAGCGGCUGGUAUCGUCUGUAUCUUCAGGGAAAAAAUGCUCAGAUUCCUGAGUUUAAGUGGUGUUGGAGUUCCAUGACCUGUGGUGGAUACACUGCACUUUUCCUUAAAGGAUCUCAUCCACGUCCAAAAAACGGCAUCGUCACCCGAGAAAUCUUUGGAUACCAUGGCUCUGUGAAAGAUCCCAGUCAAUGUAAUUCCUACAGAUCAAACCCAAUCCAAGUCAAAGCCUGCCCAGGAAAUUACUACGUCUACAGACUCGUCAAGCCACCUGUAUCAAUUCCAUUACCCACAUACUGUGCAGUUACAUUGGAUGCUCCUAGUUAUGAUCCCUGCAAUAACUACACAUCUCUGGAUCAACCCUGGAGAGGCGCUAAUGAGACUGGAGGGUACAACUCUGACAGAAACUUCAACUGGACUGGCUGGUAUCGGCUGCUGUAUAAGGGGAAGAGCGUCCGUAUGGCAGAGAGCUGUGUUAAUCAAUCCAGAUGUGGUACAUAUUACACCCUGUGGCUGAAUGGUCCUCACCCUCAGAUAGAGGAUGGAAUAGUCACUCGUAAAGUCUGUGGGAGUUCAGGAAGUUACUGCUGUUACUACAGAUCCACCCCAGUUCGAGUCAAAGCAUGUCCAGGAAACUAUUACGUCUAUGAGUUUGUCAGACCGUCCUUCUUCUAUGCAGCUUACUGUGCAGUAACAACUACAUUGAAUGAUCCCUGCAACAAGUACACUCCUCUGGAUCAACCCUGGAGAGCUACUAAUACAACCGGACUGAACAUCUGUGACAACUACUUCAACUGGAACGGCUGGUAUCGGCUGCUGUAUUAUGGCAUGAGUGUCCGUAUGCCAGACAGCUGUGUUAAUCAGUCCAGAUGUGGUACUGAUAUCACUCUGUGGCUGAACGGUUCUCACCCUCAGAUAGAGGAUGGAAUAGUCACUCGUGGCGUCUGUGGGAGAUGUGAACACCAUCACUCCGAGCACCCCAGUGACUACAUCCAGCACUGCACUGUCAGCUAUAAACACUAG